GAGCUUCCCUCAAAUGGAAUGGAUUCCCAGAGAGAGUCACCCAGGAAAAACAACACAGAGCAUCUAAUCGCUGACAGGCAGAAAGGAAUUGGUGUCUGUGGCUGGAUCCUGGUUUCCUUUUCAUUCCUCCUGGUGCUUAUUACCUUUCCUAUUUCUAUCUGGACAUGUAUCAAGGUUAUCAGAGAAUAUGAACGUGCUGUUGUAUUUCGGCUGGGCCGUAUACUGUCUAAGAAAGCAAGGGGACCAGGUUUGAUCUUCAUACUUCCAUGUACAGAUACGUUUGUCAAGGUUGAUCUUAGAACAGUUACCUGUACCAUUCCUCCACAAGAGAUUCUCAUGAAAGAUGCCAUUACUACCCAAGUCGACGGGGUGGUGUACUACAGGAUCCACAGUGCUGUCAGUGCCGUUGCUAACAUCACUGAUGUCCACUCAGCUACCUUCCUCUUGGCACAGACAACCCUGAGAAACAUUCUGGGUACACAGACGUUGGCUCAGCUCCUGACAGGUCGUGAGGAGAUUGUACGCAGUAUCCAGCCAAGGAGAAGAAAUCCAACACCUGAUUUACACUUUUCAGUCAGAAAUGAGGCAUAGUCAAAUCAAAGAGAGAUUGAGCCCCUUUCCAGCUAGGAGAGUGGCCAUGGGCAGAGCCAGGGUCACAAUGGUGACGUGGAUUGCAGCAGCGCCCAGGAGCCUGAACACAGAAGGGCGUGCCAGUGCUGCAGGGCUGUGCUGUCCGUUUCACCCACAGGGUCCUUUUACAGCAUUGUGGUGUUUUAGGAAGUUGCUGUAGUAUUACUUUGUAAGAGGGAGAAGUUUGCUAAGUACCCACCUAGAGAAAGGAUGGGGAUCAUAAUUUAGACGGUCAUAGAGAAGCCACACAGGAAACACUGGUGUUGAUCAGCAAAUCUCAUAAGGUUGCAGUACCCACCGUACACACACUGCAUUGAACGUUAGUGCCCCUGAAGGGCUCCAUCUUUCUGUCGUGCAGGUUUGCAAGCUGCCUUUCCUUCUGUCCAAGUGGCAGAUUACAUUGUGUGGCUUUCUCUCUGCAAUCACUGUGCUCUUCGUGGUGUGUUGUGUGUUUGUCCCUAAGGCUGUCCUUGACAGUGCCACAGAACAGUGGGGAAUCAAAGUGGUGCAAGUGGAGAUCAAAGACGUCAGGAUUCCUGUGGCCAUGCAGGCGGCAAUGGCAGCUGAAGCAGAGGCUGCUCGAGAGGCAAAAGCUAAGGUGAGACCCACAGCAAUGUCUACC